AUAUACGUUACGUUUAUUAUGUAAUUAAAUAUUGUGUAUUAGUAAAUAAUUAUAUACAUUUUAAGUUCAUAUAAUAUUUCAACAAUACAUAAAAUAAAGCGAUACAGGACAAAUCUCUCAUUCUAUAUUCUAUAUUCUAAAUUUCUGUUUUUCUGGAAAAUAAAUACAUUAAACUUGAAGCUUAACUUUUCAAAUUUUUAUUUUAUCUUGUAUUUUUUGUAGCAUAUAAUGUAAAUAUUUAAAAUCGUAAAAGCGUUUAAAAAGUAUCUUACAUUUUGAAAACAUUUUCUCGGAGACUCUUCUCUUCUUUUUUGGAUAUUUUAAAUUUAAAUACUCUUCAAUCUUUAAACCCAUUUUGGAUUUAUAAUGUUAAGUUAUAUAUGUUUAUAGAUACCUCUACUUCUCUAGGAUACUGAAAAAUCUUUCUCUGUAUUUUUUAUUAUUCAUUCUUAACCAGCGCGUUUCAUUUAAUAAUCUAUUCGCUUGUUGCUCUAUUCUUCCCGGUUCCUAAGCAUUUCGUAUCAAGUCCGCGUGAUUAAUUCACACGAACGAGACAAGUGCAAGAAGUGUAUGUACGUCAUUCAUUAAUGACGUUUGGUGCUCCGUGUAAUAUGUAAAGCCGUGCCCGUUCCAGCGGGGAUGGCGGUAGUGAUGAACACCGACUACGCCAACCACCACGCACCGUUGGGGGCGCGUGCGCCGAUUGUACCCCGAUGAACACUCGCGAGGGUUGUUUAAAGUGCGAACUCGCUAAGGACACAGUAGUCGACGGGUCAGCCUCCAAGGGGCACGAUCGCGCUUAUCAACGUGACCGCAACCGCGUCGCGCUCCUUCGUCGACAAGUGACUGAAACGUGACGCGUCUCAGACCUCGCGGUUCAGGACCGCUCCUUCUCCACCUUGACCCCUGGUUGGUCGCCUCAAGCGUUUCACCUGGUUCGAUAUUGCACGUAGCAACGAAUGGAUUUCUUAUUAUAUCGAGCCCUUGUAUCCCGUGGCUCAUCUCCGCGAUUUGAACAGCAUCUGCGAAAAUGAAUGGCGCGAAAACAUUUGCGAUGAAUGGAGUUAUAACCGAUAUCAUCAGUCACGCAAGAUUGAUCAUCGAGAAUUAGACGAGAGGAUUCGGUUCCUGUAUUCAAUAAUUCCUGUAAUCGCGUCUCAGCAGAGGUGCAAGGAUGUCGCUCGUCGUUAUCCUGAAAAAUUUUCAAGGUCUUAAGUGCAAAGGCGAGAAGGUCGCGAGAAUCGACUUUCGAGAGGUAUCGCAUUAUUCAACGAAUCUUGAAGACAAUGAGGAUGUUAUUGAGGUGGAACAGAGCUUCACGUGGAAUUUAGGAGGACCAGUGGAUGAAACGGAAGUACUGCAAUUGGCAGUCGUGUCUCGGGGAGUCUUGAGAAACGAAAAAGUCGUAGCGAGGUACGGAUUGAUAUUGCAAACCGUGGUGCGCGAAGGAAGGAUCCUGAUCUCGGAUUCUCUAGUUGACCUCAAUAACAAACCGCUUCCGGCAAUGGUGUGCUUCGAAAUUCGAUACAAUCCCCCGGAUGGAAGUUGCAGCUCGUACGCGGUCUCGGAAAUAAUGGAAGAUGAGCAGCAGAUGUUAAUCGAUAUCGAGCAGAAUAUCGCGAACCUCGAGAGAAGUCUCGAGCAGGCCGACAGCAGCACGACCAGCGGGAAAAGACGGGGCUCCUGGCAUACCCCUGAGAAAUCAAAGAGGGGCUUCUUACCAAGGGGCAUUUCUAUGUCGACCGGCGAGAAGUCAACUGACACCCGGAAGCGAAGCACUUUGAAGAGCAUGCGAUCCUUGCUGAAAUUGGGAAAGCAGAGACCACCACGUGCUCGGUCCUGCGACAAUAACUCGGAAACCAGAGAACUCCUCGACAGGCAGGAUUCCAGCUGCCCAACUUCAAACGAACCUUCACGUACGAAUUCCAUGACAUCUCUUGAAACGAAUACGUCCGAUAACGACAGUCAACUGAAUGCCAAACCUGAGCAAGAAGAGACGGCUGUAAAACCGGCCAAGAGAUCGAAACCUAAGGCGAGUGACACCUGGCAAAGUGCAUUAAAAGCCCAGGAUUAUCAAGUAUGCGUUACGAUCAUCGAAGCGAGGCAACUCGCCGGUCUCAACAUGGAUCCGGUGGUCUGUGUACAAGUCGGAGAUCAGCGCAAAUACACGAGCGUCAAGGAAUCCACGAAUUGCCCAUAUUAUAAUGAAUAUUUCGUCUUCGAUUUUCACAUGCCGCCCGUUAUGCUCUUCGACAAAAUUAUCACGCUAUCGGUGCAGCAAUCGCGGAAUCUCUUGCGCGCUAAUCUAACGCUGGGCAUCUUUAAAUUAGACAUCGCGACGGUAUGGGCACAACCAGAUCAUCAGUUUUACCACAAAUGGGCUUUGCUCACCGAUCCAGAUGACAUUACUGGUGGCCCCAAAGGCUACCUUAAAUGCGACAUAAGUGUCAUCGGCAAAGGUGAUACCGUAAAAAUACCUCCGAAAAGCGAGAAAGACGAGGACGACAUUGAGGGCAAUCUCUUAUUGCCCGAUGGUGUGCCGAUCGAGAGACAACGUGCGAGAUUUAUAGUGAAGAUUUACAGAGCUGAUGGCUUACCGAAAAUGAACAGCAGUAUUAUGGCGAACGUGAAGAAGGCUUUCACGGGAGAAGUGAAAGAUCUGGUGGACCCAUACGUUCAAGUGUCUUUUGCUGGGCUUAGCGGGAAAACAAGCGUGAAGAGGAAUAGUUAUGCUCCGGUAUGGAACGAGCAGAUAGUUUUCACCGAGAUGUUUCCUCCUCUUUGUCAGAGGAUAAAGAUACAAUUAUGCGAUAACGACCCAGUGCACGCCACUGUCAUCGGUACACACUUCGUUGACCUAAAACAGAUCAGCAACGAUGGUGAGAAAGGUUUCUUGCCAACCUUCGGUCCAGCGUUUAUUCAUCUUUAUGGCAGCAUCAGAGAUUACAGUCUCAUAGACGAGCAUUCAACAUUGAACACCGGCUUGGGCGAAGGAAUCUCAUAUAGAGCAAGGCUAUUGAUAGCAAUACGAACCGAGAUUACCGAUAAUGUGGAAAUGGCACCGUCGGAAGUCGAGAUGGAACCAACGGUACCGGUCAAUGAAACGGCAUACGCGAGAAACGAGGAGUUCUUCCUGUUUGCCACGAUCAUGGAUGCCACAAUGAUCGAUAAGAAACUAGGCGACAAGCCAAUGUACUUUGAAAUAUCGAUCGGGAAUGCGGGCAACGCUCUGGACGGUCACAAUGAAAGUUUCAAGAUGUAUGAUGCAGGAUCGAGGGGUGGAACGAGCGGGGAGGAGAACGAUCUACAGGAAGUGCUCACUGGAUCCUGGCAGAGUACCACACCGGCUAAUAAACCGAUGACGCAUGAUAAGAUUUAUUAUUUUCUACCGUACUGGGAUGACAAGCCGUGUCUUCACGUGAGAAGCACAUGGCCGGAUUACAGACGCAGAAUGUAUAACAGCAAUAUCAUCGGCAAGAUUAUCGAUAAAAUGGAGGAAGGAUUGUCGGAGGUGCAGUUGCACUUAGAGGACUCAACGUGCGAGAAGCUUCUAAAGAGUACCCUUGAAGAGCUGAGCGCCAACUGUAACCGAUAUGUCAGUAUUAGCAAGUCUAGCGUAACCGGUCCAGGCGUCGGGAAGACGAAGUUGGAUAAAGAGCGAGCGAAAUUGUGUCAGCGGGAGCUAGAAAAUAUCGGGAUCAUGUCGCGCAACCUCAAGGCGCUUGUGACAAAAAGUAGCUUCAAGGAGAGAUUGAAGACAGCUCAAAGCUAUCUGCAGAAAUUAAAGUUCCUCGUCGAGGAUCCGCAAGAUUCUCUGCCGGACGUUUUCAUCUGGGUAAUCAGUUCCGGUAGACGAGUCGCAUAUCAGAGGAUAUCAUGUCGUGAACUCAUCUAUUCGGUGGUCGAUGAGGAAUGCGGUCGACAUUGUGGGAAAGUGCAGACUAUGUUCCUCAAGCUUCCAGGUAAAAAGAGGUUCGGACCGUCGGGAUGGGCGAUUCAGACGAAAUUACAGAUCUACAUGUGGUUGGGAAUACUGAAGCACAAAAAGUACUUUAUCCAGAAUUUGCCGAAGGGAUACGAGUUCAGUCACGAACUGAAGAACGUGGAUAAACCGCGCGCUUUGCCGCCCAUUAUGCUUCACUAUGUUCAGAAACAUAAAUUUCAAUUGAGGGCCCACAUGUACCAAGCAAGAUCACUGAUCGGCAGCGACGCGUCCGGUCUUUCCGAUCCAUUCGCGAGGGUGAUCUGCGGUGAAUUUUGCAAGUGUACCCAGGUGAUCGACGAGACCCUCAGCCCGACGUGGGACGAGCUGCUACUGUUUGAUGACAUUUUAAUCUACGGCACCGCCGAGGAAAUCAAGAAAGACCCACCGUCCAUCGUCAUCGAGCUGUUUGAUCAGGAUAAAGUGAGUCAUAUUGUAGCUAUGGACAUAACACUGUAUGAGGGCUCUGCUUCAACAGGAAAAUCGGAAUAUAUUGGACGAGCGAUUGCCCGACCUCACGUCAAACUCGCCUCUGAGCCCUACACUCCUCCGCAAUAUCCGCCAUCGUUGGAAUGGUAUGACGUCACUAGAGGUACCUCGAGGGCUGGUGAACUUUUGGCGGUCUUCGAAUUGUUGGAAUAUCCCUCUACCAAAGAUUAUGGCUUUCCUACUCUGCCUGAUGCCAAAGAUCCCAGUUGCGGCUCUCAGAUUCCAGGUUCCGGUCAGGAUCAAGGCCCGAUUCUUCCGGUGCCCGUAGGAAUCCGACCUACUUUGGCGAAAUAUCGAAUCGAAGUGCUUUUCUGGGGUUUGCGAGAUUUGAAAAGAAUUCAUCUUUUGACCGUCGAUAAACCGCGUGUGGACGUCGAAUGUGCCGGACACAUUCUCUACUCGUCUGUCAUAGCAAAUGCGAAGAAAAACCCAAAUUUCAACACGCCGAUUAAAUUUCUGGAAUUGGAACUUCCCGAGCAAGAACUUUAUCGACCGCCAUUGACCAUAAGAGCGGUGGAUUGCCGGAGUUUCGGCAGAUAUACCCUCGUCGGUACUCACACCAUCAAUUCGAUUCACAAAUAUAUGUACUAUCCUUUGACCAAAAGGGCAAAGGAUGCUCAGGAGAGAAAAAAGAGCUUGUAUCAACUACAAUAUACAGCUCUUGAUUCAUCUAAAUCAAGAUAUCAACAAACAUCGUUGCCUGAUUCAUUGACCGACUUGGAAUCUAAUAACGGUGAUACCAUUAUUACUCUGGGAUUCGAUAUAGGAUGUGGUUCUACAAAGAAGGACAAAACGGAGCAAAACAUACGUAGGAAGCAGAGCUUAGCCAAUGACAACAGCAUAGGUGAUUUAGGUGCGUUAGAGGACGAAGAUGGCUGUCAAGACUGGUGGACGAAAUACUUUGCGUCCGUGGAAACGAUGAUCGAAGAGAACAAAGAACUGCGUAAGGAGAAAUCCAUAUUCCAAAGCCAACCAAACGGAACGUUACCGAUGCUCCUGGACGAAACUGUCGCGCAAAGCCAGUUAGUUGCUUCGGGCGAGAAGAAUUCCGGAAUUACCCAUACGAAAAAAUUGUUCGGCUUGAAAUCACCGACGAACGCAACAAGAUUCUCGAAGCUCAGCCCGAAGCACACCCAAUACAAUACCAAAAAGACCGCUCUCCUCAAGAUUUAUCCCGGAGAGCUGGAAACUCAGCUUGAAUUUGAGCAGUUCAAGGAAUGGUUGCAUACAUUUGAGCUAUACCGCGGGAAGAAAACCGGCGACGAGACCGAAGACGAAUCAAGAAUUGUCGGCAGCUUCAAGGGUGCACUGAAGGUCUAUAAAUGGCCGCUACCCAAGGAUCUGGUGAAUCACACCGUGAUGGGUUUCGAUCCGCAGUACGGAUUCUUUCAGGGUGUCCCGUCUAACGAGCCUAUUCACGUCCUGGUACGGGUUUACAUCGUCAAAGCUAACGAUCUUCAUCCUUGCGAUCUGAACGGAAAGGCGGAUCCCUACGUGGUCUUACAACUGGGAGGCAAGAGAAUCAGCGACAAGGAGAAUUAUGUAUCGAAACAACUAAAUCCUGUUUUUGGAAAGUGCUUUGAGAUCGAGGCAACGUUUCCACAGGACUCCCUGCUCACCGUGCAAGUCCUAGAUUGGGACCUGGUUGGAACAGACGAUAUGAUCGGGGAGACCAAGAUUGAUCUAGAAAAUCGCUUCUAUAGCAGACAUCGCGCUACGUGCGGACUCGCGAAGAAAUACGACGAGACGGGAUAUAAUAAAUGGAGAGACGCAAUGAAGCCGACUCAGAUACUUUUGAAAUUAUGCAAAGAUGGCAAAAUCGAUGGACCAGUAUAUUCUCACGGACGCGUUACAAUCGGGAGAAAAACAUUUUCCCUUUCAAAUGAGGAGAUGGAAUAUUACGUGCAUACGAAGGGAAUGGAAGAACAUCUUGCCUUAGCAGUUCUCCAUCAAUGGAGCAGCUUUCCGCGAAUAGGUUGCGCUCUGGUACCCGAGCACGUGGAAACCCGACCGCUCUAUAAUCCGGAAAAGCCCGGAAUUGAACAGGGAAAAUUGGAAAUGUGGGUGGACAUGUUUCCAAUGGAUAUGCCUUCACCUGGAUCAUCUAUCGAUAUUUCACCUAGAAAGCCCAAGAGUUAUGAAUUGAGAAUUAUAAUAUGGAAUACGGAUGACGUCGUCUUGGAGGACGACGCCUUCUUUACUGGCGAGAAGAUGAGCGAUAUUUAUGUAAAGGGCUGGUUAAAAGGACCGGAAGAUUGCCAAUCCACCGAUAUUCAUUACCGAUCAUUGACCGGCGAAGGAAACUUCAAUUGGCGCUUCAUAUUUCCAUUUGAUUAUCUGGUAGCGGAAGAAAAGAUCGUUAUUAAUCGUAAAGAAAGCCUGUUUAGUUGGGACGAAACCGAGUGCAAGAUACCAGCGCGCCUAGAAUUGCAGGUCUGGGAUGCAGAUCACUUUUCUGCAGAUGAUUUUCUAGGUGCUAUAACUCUCGAUCUCAAUCGGUUUCCCCGAGGAGCAAAGAACAGUAAGCUUUGCUCGUUGAGUAUGCUGAAGACGGACGGCUCUGUGCCAACGGUCAACAUCUUCAAGCAGAAACGUAUAAAAGGCUGGUGGCCGUUUUAUGUAAAAAAAGAAAACGAGGAUAUGGAACUAACAGUAAGUUGA